CCAUCUAAUCACAGAAUGCUACGAAAGCUUAAAGUUUCUACACGUUUACAAUUUUUUUUUGCGAUAAUACAGCAGUUUUUCACGUGAUAUCCCUAUUGUAUUUCUAGCAUGUUUACCUGUUAGUGAAUUUAAAUGAGUCUUAACAACAAAGUGAAGAGUUUGUGGUCUCUCGAUAACAGAGAAUUGAUUCAUAUGGGAUAAUAUGGGAGGAUUUAUGGUUCCGCGUCACCAACGCAGAACCAACGAUGCGCGUCGCCGCGUAGGCUACGCCGUAGGGUACGGCGUAUGCUCUGCGUCGAUUUAACGCGGAACCAUAAUUGAGGCUUGGAUCUCCCUCCCACGUCGUCCCGCGGGUUUGUUGCACACGUAGCUGUUACUAGAGAGACCGAGGGACGGCAGAGACAGCCAUGUCCCGGUCCGGUCGGCGGUACAAGCCCCUGCAGCAGAGCAACGGCGGCGGCUCCUUCCCCGGCUGUGGCCGGGUGAGGGUGCCCCGGGCCCGGGUGCUGCUGCUGUGUCUGCUCGGUGUGCUGGUGCUGGCGGGGCUGCUGGGACUCUACCUGUCAGAGGACACGAGCACAGCCGGGAGCCGCACCAUGCCCGCUCCAGACCUGACCAGGGAGAGGCUCUCCCACAAACCAAGUAAGUGCUCUCCCACUCAAAUUCGGCGUCUGGCCUCUCAGGUAGAUGGCACUCGCAUGUGGGAGACUCACCUGCGCCCGAUCUUGAUAGAGAGGCUCCCAGGGACACAAGGCAGCCUGGCUGUACAGCAGCACAUCACUUCCACACUGUCUUUGCUGUCUGCUGGCUGGUCCGUAGACCUGGACUCCUUCCACUCUCCAACUCCCCGUGGGCAGGUCACCUUCACCAACAUCAUGGCCACUCUGGACCCCUCAGCUCCGCGGAGACUCCUCCUCGCCUGCCACUAUGACUCCAAGGUCCUUCCUCCAGACCCCAGGGCCCCAGAGAAGGUGUUUCUCGGGGCCAGUGACUCUGCAGUGCCCUGUGCGAUGAUCCUGGAGCUUGCCACCUCUCUUGACAUGCAGCUUAAAACGUUCAAACAGCAGAAACUUCCAGUUACUCUGCAGCUUGUGUUUUUUGACGGAGAGGAGUCGUUUGAAGAAUGGACGGCCACAGACUCGCUGUACGGCUCCCGUCACCUGGCCGAGCUCAUGGCUAACACGCCUCACCCUGCAGCCUCCUCCCAUGCCACCAUGCUCCAGGCCGUGGACCUUUUUGUGCUGUUAGACCUGCUCGGCGGUCCCGACCCACUGAUUGCAAAUCACUUUGAUAACACGGCGCGCUGGUUUGACCGCUUGAUCGCUGCAGAGAAGAGACUCCAUCGACAGGGUCUCUUGGCAUCUCACCCGUCAGAGCAGACGUAUUUUAAGAAGGACGUGUACCUUGGACCUGUGCAGGAUGACCACAUUCCCUUCCUUCACAAAGGUGUUCCUGUGCUGCAUGUCAUCGCCACUCCCUUCCCUCAGUUCUGGCAUACACUAGAAGACACGGAGGAAAAUAUGCACCGUCCAACAGUGGAGAACCUCACUAAAAUCAUGGCUGUGUUUCUUGCAGAAUACCUGGGCAUUUAAGCAUAAGACACAUCUGUUGUGGAAGUCCAGAGGUAAUGAGAAAUGACCAGGUGCAAAAAAAACUUUUGGAGAAAUCAACUCAGCAGAACUGGAAAACCAGAUACCAAAGAAUUGUCAUUUUCGGACUGGAACUGGUCUGGUGGAUGAGUUGGACUGGAGAGGAUGUCAAGUCUUAAUUAAAGUUACAUACCAGCUGACGAGCAUAUAUGGCGAGUAUCUAAGGAGAAGUUGUUAAUUAAAAGGACUUUUUUUUUUUUUGCUUCCUUGCUGUGAAAAAACCCAUCUUAGCCUUAUUGAUGAAUUAAGGAGAUGCACUUUUAAAGAUUGUCAUGUGAUCAGCUGCAAACUUUUCAUGUGCAGCAAGGAUGGUGGACAUCAACUACGGUAGCUUCUUUCUGUGAAUAAUUUUGCCUUCGAUUUUGCCUUCAGAUCAGUUUAGAUCCUUCUCACUUAUGCACUUUUGUGCUGACUACAUUAACUGUCAUCUUACAGAUGUUGUCUGAGGGAACAGAAGUCGUAGUCAAGUGUACAAUGAAGUUACAAUUAUUUUAUUCACUUCUUUUCAAGCAUUUUAACUUUUGUGAAGUCAAAAACACUGAGAAAUGUUACAACAUUCAUUCUCCGAUCUCUGGAUACAGGACAUGUGGGAAUAUUCACCAGCAUAGUCCCUCAGACAAGCUGAAAAACCAGUUUGUUACAAAUGUUAUACUAGCACGUUGUGAAUACAGCGCUGACGUUAGGGCACAUGUAAGAACGGGUACAUUGAAUUUAAUCCAGCUCCAUGUUGCAUACUUUGUCUGUCUGUCUUGUGUUUUGUCAGUGUGUGUUAAU